AGCACCCUCGGCCCAGGGUAACGGGAGACAAGCCAGACCAGGGAACCUUGGUUUGGCAGACCGCCUGUCGCCUGAGCCAUGGAGCCUCUCGCCGAUGGGGAGGCCGCGAAAAAGAUCGUCGGAGACAGCCCGAAGUCGGACGCCUGGAUCCACACGACGAGCGCCGAGAUCUUCUUCGGCGCAUGGAUCGUGUUGAACGCCAUCGUGCUCGCGGUGGAGACUGACCACCAGGACGAGGGGAACGAGAACGACUGGUACUGGGUGCUCCUGGACUCCCUCUUCAACAUUGUUUUCGGAGUUGAGGUGAUCCUGCGCAUGGUUGCAGAGAAAGGCAAGUGGCCCUGCCUCGCCUGGAACCUGAUCGACUUCGCGCUGGUUGUCAUUGGCAUCGUCGACUCGUGGAUCCUGCGCUUGGUCGACACUGGCGGUAAUGUGGGUUUCCUUGUUGUUCUCAGGGUGUUUCGUCUUCUGCGGCUCGCACGAGUUCUGCGGGUGCUGCGCCUUAUGCGCUCUAACAAGGAACUACUGCUGCUCAUCGGUGGCAUCGGGGCAGGCCUGCGGGCAAUGGUCUGGGGAGCGUUACUGCUGGUCGUCGUCAAUUUCAUUUCUGGCCUUGUCAUGACCGAGGUUGUGGGCAAAGACAUGAUCGAUGGCUGGUUCUUGCUGAACACAAGCGAGGAUGCAAUUGCGGAAGAGGGAUCCGUUGCGUUCUAUCAGGAGAAUUUCACUAAGUUAUACAUCUCGAUGUUCACACUCUUUGAGUUCACGAUGGAGUUCCAAGGCGACCACUGCAAAGCAACUUGGCCGGACGGCCCAUGGCUCACUUUCUUUUUCAUCGUGUACACAUUCGUCACCAACCUGGCCCUCCUCCAGGUGGUUGGGAGCGUGAUCGUCGAGGCGAUUCUUGCGAUGUCGGAGAUGAACCACCAGGAGGAUCAGGCUGAAGAAAAGGACAAGGAGCUGAAGGAAGCCAAGGAGACUUCUGAUGAGUUGUUCGACACGCUGAAGCAAUCCGUGUCCCCCAGCGCAGGCGAACUCAAGUACACUGAGCUGGACUUCAGCAGCGACAAGGUUAGCAAGUACCUCAAGAUGGUUGGCUUGGUACCGGCCCAAGCCGCUCAGCUUCUCCAAAUCUUGGACAAGAACAAGACUGGCCUCCUUUCGAAGGCCGAGUUCAGCAUGGGCAUCGCACGCCUGAAACAGGACGUGAGUCCGAAGGACAUCUUCAAGCUCGAGACCAGGCUGGAGCGUGUGAAGCAGAAGGUAUCUGCCGCCUGCGCCCAGCAGAAGGAAAUCAUCGAGAUGGCGUCACGCAUGUAGGGGAAGUCAUUGUGCCACCUCGAUUCGAAGAAUUGAACACGGCAUAAGCAGACACUCUCGGAGCUCGGAGGGGGUCCGGCGCCGAUCCAAGAAAGAUCCGCGCCGAGCUCCGGCAGCUUGUGCUUUUGCGGUGGCCUCUUCCUCUUGGGCGAGGCACGGGAUGCGCGUGAGGCUGUGAGCCAGGGCGGGGAUGUACCGGUAGGAUGUCGAAUCUGAGCAGCGGGCGCGAGGUGUGGAGACCCUGCAUGCUCGCGGCGCCUGGCCGAGCCGCGCACACGUGCAGGGGAGCAAGCAAAAUGGCACAAGCACAGCAACUCGGUGGUCCGCGCGGACCUCCGAGUUUUUCUGCUUAUGCCAUUUUUGUGCUGUUCCCCGGGCACGAUUCCACGAGCGGACACUUUGAAGGGUGCGGCUCGCGCCACAGUUCUCGGCGGCGCGCCCAGGGUGGCCCGGCAUAUCGCUCGGACCGGUGCGUGCUUUCUCGGCCAGGCCAGCGCCAGCACACCUGGGCCAUCCAGCCCACCGAUCCGAUCCCGGGCCCUCCCGCCCCCCGCGCUCCCCCCGCGGCGCGCCGCCGAUCCUCCUCUGCUCGCGCCUGGCUCUCUCCGGCCAGGGCCAGAUUUCAAUACGCCUGCUGCCAGGGAACGGGCAAGGACACCAGCUCGGGGCUCGAGAGACGGGGGUCAGUCAGGGCGCCGGG